GUAACUCUGACCUCAGCAAGUAUACGAAGCAGAUACAUAAGCUACUCGAUGCAUCUGGUAUACCUGGUAUACCUAGCAUCUGGUAUACCUGGUAUACCUAGUAUACAUUGGUGGAGGCGCAGCGGCGUCCAUACUCUCAAGCUAGAGGAAGGGGUUCUUUCUACUCUCAGUGUGACAAAGAGUGUCAGGCUUUCCACUUUGGACCCUUCUUCACUGCUUAAGAAGAUCUAGCACGCUAAAAGCCCCACCAGCGCCUUGGACUCCGUUGUCACAGCUGGGCAAUCGGCCGGGAUUGGCUAGUUCGUCUAUGACCAACUCGGAGGGAAGGCAAGCUUCGGGCCAAAGAAGCGAACCACUGGUUUGAACCAGCACGCGCAAUGCUUGGCCUUUGACCGUGGGAACGGGAAAUACCUCUGCCUAAUUGAAUGCUCGUUCCAUAGAUAGGACAUUUUAGACGUUUAAACUCAGUCGGUACGCCUGGCAUGGAAGAUUUGGCUGGACAAGUCCAUUGGCUCAUCAGGAAGGGGGAGGAACCUUGGACGAGCUGAACUUGGGUUUGCAUAGAACGACGAGGGCCUCUAGGAAGGGUCCAGUGUGUCGCAGCAGUCAAUGCUGUGGUUCGAGUACUUAGUUGAAACUGCAAAAGCAGAAUAAUAAUCCGACCCUUUUUCUUUUUUUUUCCCCAUUUUUUUAAUUUCUAAUUUACAGUUGUGAAUUACCUUUCUACGUCACCCUGGUCCUACUCUCGCGCUCUUGCUUCCCACGAUUUCUCUUCUUAAUUUCUUGCGUGAUCUGUCCAGCUACUCUUCGCUUUUCAUUUGUUUGACUUCCACUGGCGGCGAACACACUCUGCUUGGGCCCCUUCCUUCCCCACCAGAGUCGCGUGCUGGCUCAAUUGCUCCUAUCGCUAGAAUCUCUCGACUUCUCUCCCAUUACACAUCAUGAUGGCUCCAAUGCUCUCCCCAACCGAGGCCAUUCCGCCCAUCAAAGUCACUACCGUCACCACUGUGAUAGACCCGACGAUGCAACCCACGAUCAACAUAUCUCCCGCGCCAGAGAAGAAGAGGCAUGGUCGACGAGGACGAAAGAACGCCGUACCCGACAUUGUCGGCACUAAACAAAAGAAAUCACUGCUUCUCGAUGUGCUGGGCGACGCAUUAGUUGAUCAGAUGUACACCACUUCUGCCGCCUCGACCAAGCUUCAUGACCGGUUGGACAUCUCCAGUACAUCCGUUGUGGAUCACCUCCGCAGCAACUUCACCACAGACCUCACCGCGUCCUCGUGUGCUAGCUCACGCAGCAGCAGCAGUCGCACGUUGACCGCGGUCGAAAGCCACAGCACACCCCCAACCAGCUUGGACGAGCGCGACUCGCACGAGAUCGCCACAUCAACCGCAUCCACCGUUGCACCCACUGUAUCCAGCCACCACUGCCCCAGUAUGGAAUCUCUUCGAUCCAGCCCUUCAACUCACAGUCAGAGCACGAGUACAGGGACUGCAGGCGCCGUCUUCUGCCUAGAAGACUUCUCUACAAUGUCCGCCAUCCAACGACUAACCGCUCAAUACGGCCGCGUCGCCAACAUGGGCAUCCUCGACCACAGCUAUCGAUUCUUCGUCAACCAAAGCCGCACCGGCGCCCUCUCCUUCAAGGUGCGCAACCAAGUCGCCGUCGUCGGUGGCGACCCCCUCUGCGAACCGCACAUGAUCCCCUCUCUCCUCGCCGAAUUCGCCACCUACCGCCGCAAACACCACUGGGGUCUAGCCUUCAUGGGCGCCAGUGGCUCCUUUGUCCGCGACAUUGCCCAACCACGAGGCUGGACAACCAUCCGCCUUGGAAGAGAGCGCGUCCUCAACCCGCAAACAAACGAGGUGCUGUUAGAGCGCAGCGGGAAACGCAUCGCCGUGCAGAACCGCCAACUUCUCAAUACCGCCAAGGGCGGCGUUACCCUCGGCGUGUAUGCCCCCGCCGUGCAUGGCACGGAUGCCCAGCUCCAAUCCGAGCUGGUGGGUAUCUACGAUGCAUGGCGCGCAGAACGGAAUUCCUCCGACGGCCCGCAGGCCUUUAUCACCGUGUACGAUCCCUUCGCGCUGCCCGCACUGAUGACAUUCGUGUAUAGUCGCGCACCGGACGGGACGAUCAACGGAUUCGCUGCACUCCGUCGACUCGGCGAUGGCGGAUACCACGUUGAUCCCUGCAUCGCAGCCCCCGGUGCAGCAAAGGGAAUUAGUGACCUCCUCAUCGUCUCCGCAAUGGCAUUGCUGCACCGCGCAGGCGUAUCAUAUUUAGGCUUCGGCUUUGAACCCGAGCAUGCACUCGCGCGUGAAGAUAUCACCGGAUUAGCCGGACCGUUGGUCAGUCUGACGAGGGAAAUGUAUGGACAUACAUUCCGGCGACUGCCGAUUCACGGGAAAAAGGCCUAUCAUGAUAAGUUCCGGCCGGAUGUCGAACAAGACAGUGGACUUUAUCUUGUUUUCCCAGGGGUUAUACCGGGUCCGAGGCAGUUUUUGGGGAUGAUGCAUAUGGCGAAUAUUAGUUUGAGGAAGAUUUUGUGGGCGGAUCUGAGGGCUUUUGUGUCUAAGCGCAAAGGCAGCAAUAAGGUUGAGAAGGCCGGGGUGGACGGCGAGGUUGAAUCCCAGGAGCCGGCACAGUCUCGCGCACAGUCAUAGACACGCGAGACGCAGUCAAUUUUCUGUCGAUGCUCCGAUUGUUGCACGGUGAUGUGGACAUUGCUUGUUCUUGAUUGUCUUUCCUUCCCACCCCCCCCCCCCCCCCUUUGUCUAGAGGUGUCUUUUUUCUUUUCUUUUGUUUCUAACGGGAGGUCUUUUGGCUAACACAUAUAUUUGGGCCCAUGAUGGUAGCCACAAUAUACGUAUGACCUCCUCGUUGCUGUAUUAUAUGUUCGGAUGGGAAUCUUGUAUCAUAGCAAGGGCGUUUUUUUUUUUUUAUUUCCAUGGCCUUGGCCUUAUUCAUGCGCUUGGAGGGUCGUUGGGAUUUUGGAACUCGGGAUGGUUCCAUCUGCUUCUGCUUCUGCC